GGAACACAUUUGGAAGUGUCCUGUGUUGACAGGACAGAGUCUCCUGCUAGUUUUUACAAUGUUCAAAAGGAACAAGCCCUCUGCUACAGACAGAAAAAGAGAAUUAUUUGCCCAAGGAGCUACACAGUCCUUAUUGAAGAAUGACAUAAAAAAUUUUCAUUCUUUGUCACAACUUGUACUAUCUGCUGGUGGACUGAGAAAAACAGCAAGCAAACAUUCAAAAACUACUCAUUUUGAAAUAGAAAUCCUUGAUGCUCAAACCAGAAAGCAGAUAUGUAUUGUGGACAAGGUGUCUCCAACAUCUACACUCCGGGAUGUUAAACAAAAAAUUCACAAAGCAUGUCCCCAGUGGUACCCUUCCCGUAUUGGCCUUCAACUGGAACAUGGUGGGCCCUUUCUGAAGGAUUAUGUAACCAUUCAAAGUAUUGCAGCUUCUUCCAUUGUUACCUUAUAUUUCACAGAUCUAGGUCAGCAGGUCAGUUGGACAACAGUUUUUCUGGCUGAAUACACAGGACCUCUGCUAAUCUACCUCAUCUUUUACAUGCGGCUCACAUAUAUUUAUGAUGCAAAGGAAAGUUCAAGAAGAUUCCGCCAUCCAGUGGUACACUUGGCUUGUUUCUGCCACUGUUUACACUAUGCCCGCUACCUUCUAGAGACAUUGUUUGUUCAUAAACUGUCUGGAGAGCAUACACCUUUGAAAAAUUUGAUUAAGGGAUGUGCCUUUUACUGGGGAUUCACUUGUUGGAUUGCAUACUACAUUAAUCAUCCACAGUACACACCACCAUCCUUUGGAAACAGACAAAUCACAGUUUCUGUCCUCAAUUUUCUGAUUUGUGAAGCUGGGAAUCAUUUUAUCAACGUAGUAUUAGCUCAUCCAAAUCACACAGGACAUAAUGCCUGUUUCCCAAGUCCAAGUUACAACCCUUUCACCUGGUUGUUUAUGUUUGUUUCCUGUCCCAACUACACCUAUGAGAUUGGGUCAUGGAUUAGUUUCACAAUUAUGACACAAACCCUACCAGUUGGAAUUUUUGCACUCCUGUUGAGUAUCCAGAUGUCACUGUGGGCACAAAAGAAGCAUAAAGUUUAUCUGAAGAAAUUUGAUUCUUAUGUACAUAGGAAAUCAGCGAUGAUUCCUUUCAUAUUGUAAAAGAGGGGAUAAUGUAGGAAAAUGACUUUCAUGUUCACAUUUUAAAUGUCUUUAUCAAAAUUGGAAACCCAAAAUCAAAUCAGAUAAAUAAAAAUAAAAGAGUAAGAAGGGGAUUACAGAAAGAGACCUCUCAAUUUUUCAGGGAAUUAUUUUCUAAACACAACUGAGUGGAAAAUGUGUUGGAAAGAGCCCUGACUGGGCCAUCAAUCAUCUGAAUGAUCUUGGGCAUUCCACUUAAUUUUUCUGGGCCUUAAUACAAGAAUCCAGAAUUCUAAGUUGUUUAACAUUAUUAUUUGCUUUGCACUAUAACAACAUGCAACAAUACGCAAUCUGGAGUCCAAUGCUAAACAUUUUACUAGGUAGUUUUAGGGGGUGAUUAAAAAUAUUUCAAUUAUACAAUUCCAAUUUAAUAGCUGGUAAAGUUAAGUCACAUUUCUGAGUUUAUGUAAUGAAUUAUUAAAUGCCAAAUUAUUAAAUUGUAAUAUAAAGAAUUUUUAAGAAUCAAAUUAGAUUAUAGGUGGAAUGGUUGACAUUAUUUUGUUACAUGUAAUUUACCAUUAUACAUGAUUAUGAAAUUGAAAUUAGGAUUCAAAAUGAUUUCUUCAUUUUUUUUUUUCCUGCAAGUUUGGAUCAACAAGUCAAAGGACAACUAUUAAAAUACAAUCUAUAGCAUGAGUACUUAGAUUGGUGCUGGAGACAUAAAAAGAAAAUGAAAGCCCCUUUCUUCAAGGAGUUUAUAAUCUAAUUGGAAAGAAAGCAUAUAUGUUAUGUUAUAAUGUUGGUGACAAGAUGUUUUGAACUUGAGUUGAUUCAGCCUCAUAUUCAUUUAUGUUCACCAUAGGAAUAAAAUGAGAUACACUUGUUCUAUUUAGCAGUUUAACAAACCUGUUUUAUUUAGUCACAAGAAGAAAAGAAUAAUAAGGGCAUGCUUUGAAGAAAUCUUGAGUUGGUCAAACUAAGCAAAAUACUCCUGACUCUGUUAACUAGUAAAACCUCCAUCAGAAGAUGAAACUCCAAGUGGUGCUUCCUAAUUAAGACAAGAAGGAAGGGAUGAUAAGAGCCUGAAUCUUAGUAUUUUGAGAGAUUCAAAUCUUAAAUAAAAUGUCAAUAUUUUUAGAGAAAAAUCUAUUUCUCUUCCAUGGAAUUUGGCAGGGCUUAGGAUAUUGUUCAAAGGUUUCAGAGAGAAGAUAAUUAGUGAAGUGAAGGAGAAGAAGAAGAAAAUGUUUCAACGAAUUAUUCCUCCAAAGGCACCUUUUUUGAGAUUAUUAUGGUGAUAAUCAUUAUUUACUUAAUACAUUUAGCAGCAAUAAUUGACUAUAAUAAGCA